UAUUAAUAUUGUUUCCGAGUUCGUGUCAUUGCUGCCAUCAUCUUGUUAUUUGUCUCAUUGCUAGAACGACGCUGGAUUGUACAAGAUGGAUCCCCUUAGCAUCACCGCCUCGACGAUCACUGUGAUACAGUCGCUUUUAGCGACUUACGACACGAUCAAACACAUCAAAGACCUCCCUAAAGCAUUCGCCGAGGUGGGACGCAAUCUCCCCUUGGUGAAAGAAACCCUUGACCUCGCCCAACAAGCUCUCAGCAUUGACAAGCCCGACGAAAAUGUCAAAAGUGCGAUUCAGCCCGCUCUUGCAGAGUGUCUUAAACGAGCAAAAACCAUCGAGGAUAUCUUCAGCGAGAUUGAGCCUGGAAACCAACAGAACAAGGGCGCCAAGGAUUGGUCCGCCUUCGUCCGCUUCUACCGCAAGAAGGUGGUGCCGUACGGCAAGGCAAACAAGGUUGAGGCUCUGAUGCAGGACAUCCUGAACAAGUUGAAAGUGCUGGCCAUCCACCAGGUCUUCAAAGCGCAUGCAGAGUCUCUGGGGCACAUUGAGAAGUUGGAGGAAGCCAUCAAGUCCCUAGCUGAAGUCGAGCCGUCCCUCCCAGACUCGGAAUUCGAUAGUGGUCCUGCUACCAAUGUCACGCAGCACAUUUCCGACAAUGGUAGGGGCCUCGUUUCUACAGGACACUACUCGGAAAUUGCCAUGGGAAACACGGCCAAGUAUGACUCGGGGGGCGGUGCCAUGAACUUUGGUAUGGAUUUCUUGAGAUCCCAAACCAGAGACUGAAAGGCCCGUCGUU